AUGGCAGAAGCUCUCGGUACUGCGGCCAGCGUGAUUGCCGUGAUCGACCUGGCGGGCAAAGCCGUCACUCUAACCUUCAAGCUCAAAUGUCUCUGGGACGAAGUCAAAGACGUGCCAGCCGCUCUUCUGGAGAAGGCGGAAGAACUCCAAUGUCUCGAUGAAAUCCUCCGCGAUGAUGAGAUCCACGCUGCCAACAACCCGCUGCCGACACCGGCUUGGAACGACGCCAUCAUGCAGAAGGCCAUGGGCAGGGCUCGCGCUGCGAUGGAAGAUUUACGAAUGACUCUAGAUGCGCAUAAUCGCAGUCUUGAGGACAAACGACGACAUAGACGAAAGUUCGCAGCCGCUAGAGUUGUGAUUCAGAAGGAGAGUUUGAUAGCGAUGGAACGGAAACUCGACAAUGCUCUGCGCCUUUACAAAAUGGCUGAGAGCCGUUACAUCUUCAAAACAUGCGCUUCCAUAAACGCCCAGCGACUUCAUCUCCCGCCCCGGCUUGAAUUCGACACGGCCGAAACUCAAUCGGAAAAUUUCUCGGUCUCAGAAGAUAAUACGUUCAUGUUUGAAUCUCCGAGACCAAGCAAGUCAUAUCUUGCAAAGCAGUCCAUGCCAGACUUUGGGGCGAUAUCUAAAGGCACAACCAUCCUGGGCAGACUCCUGUUUGGUCUCAACUAUCAAACCUGUCACAUUUCCAUUCGCAUCCCGAGUUGGCUUGGAAAUACUGUGUACUCUGUGAUGGCCCAGCAGAGUGUGUCAGGUUGGCAGUUGAACUUAUCAUCUUACGCGGUGGUAGAUGAAAUCCCAUAUGGCAUUCUAGACGCCGUGGAGGGCGACGAUGUCAUCGACUUGCAGAGGCGUCUUCAUGAAGCAAAGUUGACACCGUAUGUUCAUAAACAAAACGGCCGUAACCUUCUAAUGGACUCCACUAGAAAGGCUGCUGUAUGA